GUUGUAGUUCCCUUCGAAAUUCAUAGACUUAGUUUGGAAAGGAGAGGAAAGAAAAUAUUGAAGGAAGUAAAGAUUUUUCUUUCUUUGAUAUUUUCUUCACUUUUUUUCAAGGGAAAAUCCUUUUCCCUUAAAAGAAUCCUCCUUUCCAAACAAAGAGUUAACACAUGACUAUGAAGAAAUCUUAUUCUAUUUGCAUGCACUUGGAAAUAUUUGCUUGCAUAUGGUUACUAAAUGUGAUGCAAGUGAGUCUUUGUUCUCCACUCAAUUUUUCUCACAGGAAAAUUUUGACCAGCAGGUUGUCCUCUGGAGUUGUAUUGCGUGAAGAGCCUAAAUUUGUGGUGAUUGAUAAUGGAAUUGUUCGAGUUACUUUAUCCAAGCCUGGUGGUUUUGUCACUGGAAUAAAAUAUAAUGGAGUUGAGAAUAUACUAGAAACUAAAAAUGAUGAUGAGGAUCGUGGUUAUUGGGACAUUGUUUGGUACAAACCAGGGGCUGAGGGCAUUUUUGACAAGUUACACGGAGCAAAUUUUAGUGUUAUAACGAAAAAUGAAGACCAAGUGGAAGUUUCUUUUAAUAAAAAAUGGAAUAUUUCCAUGAAAGAUAACAUAGUUCCUCUAAACAUCGACAAAAGGUAUAUACUGCGGCGUGGGAGUUCAGGAUUUUUCACUUAUACUAUAAUGGAACGUUUAGAAGGGUGGCCUACUGUCAACAUGGAUCAAAUUAGGAUUGUUUUCAAACUACAAAAUAAAAUGUUCAACUAUAUGGCAGUAUCAGACAACAUACAAAGGAUCAUGCCUACAUUUCAAGAUCGUCAAAACAGUCAAGCUCUAGCAUAUCCUGAAGCUGUUCUCUUGACCAAAACAAGCAAUCCAAAAUUGCGUGGAGAGGUCGAUGACAAGUAUCAAUAUUCUAUGGAUCGAAAAGAUAGCAAAGUGCAUGGCUGGAUAUCACAAAAUUCGGCAAUGGGAAUUUGGGUGAUCCGACCUAGUGAUGAGUUCUGUACAGGUGGACCCUUUAGACAGGAACUAACAUCUCAUGCUGGUCCAUGUCUUUUAUCUAUGUUUACUAGUUCUCAUUAUUUGGGGAAGUAUAAAAAUACAAAAUAUGAAGAGCCAUGGAAAAUGGUUUUUGGGCCUGUUUACAUUUAUCUUAAUUCCAACUCAACUGCUGAUAAACAAGCACUUUGGAAUGAUGCUAAAAGACAGAUGUCAACGGAAGUUGAAAGUUGGCCAUACAAUUUUACUCAAUCAAAAGAUUUCUCUUAUUCUGAUAAACGAGGAACUGCCUCAGGCCAAAUAACAAUAAUAAAUGAAGGGAAUUCCAAAUUGGCAAAUGGUGCUUAUGUUGGCUUGGCAGCUCCAGGAGAUGUAGAUUCAUGGCAAUUUGAAACCAAGGGUUAUCAAUUCUGGACUCAAGCUGAUAAUGAGGGGUGUUUCACAAUUGAAAAUAUUCGAGUUGGAACUUAUAAUUUGUAUGCAUGGGUUCCUGGAUUUGUUGGAAACUACAAGUAUGGUGAGAACAUCACCAUUACACCAGGAAGCAAUAUUAAAUUGGGUGUCCUUAACUAUGAAUCUCCUAGAAAUGGGCCAACCAUAUGGGAAAUAGGGUAUCCUGACCGAUCCGCUGCUGAGUUCUUUGUGCCGGAUCCAGAGUCAACACUUACAAACAAAUUAUUCAUCAACCAACCAACUGAAAAGUUUAGGCAAUACGGAUUAUGGGAACGAUACACUAACUUAUAUCCUACAGAAGAUCUUGUAUACAAUGUUGGCACUAGUAACUGCAGUCGAGAUUGGUUUUUUAUUCAUGUACCAAGAAAUACUGGGAAAGAUGUGUACAAGCCAACCACAUGGCAAAUAACUUUCGAGCUCGAAACUGUGAUUCAAACUGGAAAUUAUACAUUGCAAUUAGCCUUAGCAUCUGCUACUGAAGCUGAAAUACAGGUGAGGUUCAACGAUCCAAAUGCCAAGCGACCUCUUUUCACAACAGGGCUAAUAGGCAAGGACAAUGCAAUUGCAAGACAUGGAAUUCAUGGUAUCUACUGGUUUUAUACCAUUGAUGUGCCUAAUGAUGUACUUGUUAAUGGAAAAAAUACAAUUUAUUUGACUCAGACAAGAGUUGCCGCAAUUUUUCAUGGUGUAAUGUAUGAUUACAUACGUUUGGAAGGGCCAACAAGUACCUAAUUUGUUAGCUACAAAUUUUUUUAAAGUCAUGCUUACAUACUUUUAAGCAUGAUUAAUUCCAAUAUAAAUGUAAAUAAGUCGAUUAGGUACGGCUUAAUUGGUCUUUUCAGGUUUUAUAUAAGAUAUGGAGAGUAAGAAGUCUCAAUUUUGAAGUA